GAGCCCGCGGCGCGCAGACAGGAGAGCCCCGCUUGUCUGAGAGCGGGACCCGGCAGCGGGUGAUAAGUCUUCAGGGAGGAGGAGGAGGAGGAGGAAGAACCGCCUGAGAGCUCGUCCGUUUGGCUUCUAUUUGACUGCCUCUCCACGCGCUCUCCCGGCUCACGUAAACGCGCAGCUGAGUAGGAAAGCAAACAAGUUGACUGAGAAGAAGGGUCCGAUUCAGCCCGAGCGGCUUCAGAGUUUUGACCGUAUUUUUUUUUUUUUUUUGCAUCCCUCUUAUCCCCCUCUCCCCGUCCCUUCUCAGUGCGGAGUGGCAGAGGGAGGGACGGGAGAACCGGGCGGACGGAUCGCCAAGCUGUGCGCUUCCCCGGUGGCUGAUCCACUGGAUGCGGGAUGAUGGAUUAACAGCCCUCUCCUGACCUUGUCGCUUUUCUUCUUCUUCUUUCACCGCCGGUCCCCUGUCCACCUCGGGAUUAUUUCAGCUCUCACCGACCUCCCCUCCCUCCUUCUCGAGAUGACCGAGGAAUAUGUUUUGCGGUGCGUCCUGAUGCUCUGCUGUGCGCUCCUCUCCGCCAACGCGAGUAACUGGCUGUAUUUGGCCAAGCUGUCGUCAGUGGGAAGCAUCAGGGAUGAGGAGACGUGCGAGAGGUUACGAGGCCUCAUCCAGAGACAGGUUCAGAUCUGCAAGCGCAGUGUGGAGGUGAUGGAUGCGGUGCGUCGUGGAGCCCAGCUGGCCAUAGACGAGUGUCAGUUUCAGUUUCGCAACCGUCGGUGGAACUGCUCCACUCUCGAGACGAUGCCUGUGUUUGGCAAAGUGGUCACCCAGGGCACCCGCGAGGCAGCCUUUGUGUAUGCCAUCUCAGCCGCCAGUGUGGCGUUUGCGGUCACAAGGGCCUGCAGCAGCGGAGAGCUGGAAAAAUGUGGCUGUGACCACAACGUACAUGGAGUCAGUCCAGAGGGGUUCCAGUGGUCGGGCUGCAGUGAUAACAUUGCGUAUGGAGUGGCCUUUUCUCAGUCCUUCGUGGAUGUGAGAGAGAGGAGUAAAGGCCAGUCCUCCAGUCGGGCUCUCAUGAACCUGCACAACAACGAGGCCGGAAGAAAGGCCAUCCUGUCCCACAUGCGUGUGGAGUGCAAAUGUCACGGCGUGUCAGGCUCCUGUGAGGUAAAGACCUGCUGGAAAGCCAUGCCGCCCUUCCGCAAGGUGGGCAACGUCAUCAAGGAGAAGUUUGACGGCGCCACUGAGGUGGAGCAGCGCAAGGUGGGCACCACCAAGGUCCUGGUGCCUCGCAAUUCCCAGUUCAAACCUCACACAGACGAAGACUUGGUCUACCUGGACCCUAGUCCAGAUUUCUGCGACUAUGAUCCGCGCACGCCGGGUAUGCUGGGCACCGUGGGCCGCCAGUGUAACAGAACAUCAAAGGCCAUUGACGGCUGCGAGUUGAUGUGCUGCGGUCGUGGCUUCCAGACGCAGGAGGUGGAGGUGGUGGACAGGUGCAGCUGUAAGUUCCACUGGUGCUGUUAUGUCAAAUGCAAACAGUGCCGCAAAAUGGUGGAGAUGCACACCUGCCGGUGAUGGAAGUGGGAGCACAGAAGGCACUGCUGAUGAACAAAACAAACGCCCCACACAUUUUCUCAGUUACCAAGGCUAUAGAGGGAGUGAAGAGGACUUGUGAAGCUCCCUCUUCUCCUGCUUGAAACCACCCCAUCCUCCUACUACUGGUCAAUGGAAACAGACUGAGUGGCUGAGAGGUCGAAGGUCCUAUUCAUUUUAUGCCACCGUAAUGGAUAUCAGUAGUUUAUGCAUGGAAUUUCCUUCAAAGCUACAGAGGCAGUUUGUUUCUUCUCUAGUAGAGAGCAUCUUUCACUUUGUCUCCCUCCCUCACUCUCAUUUUUGGUUUGUCAUUGAUGCUCCUUAUUUUUGUAAUGUUUAACUUAUUUGUUGAGACUGAGGAGACUGACGGGGAGUGGACCUAGAAGGAGGGGACAGACAAAUGGAGAUAAGGGACAAACUGGA